AUCGAGGAAGAGGGAGAACAGACAGAGGCAGGAGCAGAGCUGGGGGUGUGUGUGUGAUAUAGAGAGAGAGAGAGAGAGAGAGAGAGAGAGAGAGAGAGAGAGAGAGAGUGUGUUUUUGAGGUCCAAAAAAAGGAGCACAACACGGCGUGAAUGAGAGAGGCAAGCUGGCGGACUUCAAUAUGGCAUCCGGAGAUACGCUGUACAUCGAGACAGACGGCUCGGAGAUGCCGGCCGAGAUCGUGGAGCUCCACGAGAUAGAGGUGGAAACGAUACCCGUGGAGACUAUCGAGACCACGGUGGUUGGUGGGGACGACGACGACGACGACGAUGAUGAAGACGAUGAAGAUGAUGAAGACGACGACGGGCAGCCCAUGAUCGCGCUCCAGCCGUUGGUCACGGACGACCCUAACUUGAUCCACCACCACCACCACCAUCACCACCACCAGGAGGUGAUCCUGGUCCAGACCCGGGAGGAGGUGGUCGGUGGGGAUGACUCGGACAUGCACACGGACGGCGGGAGCGGGUUCGAGGACCAGAUCCUCAUCCCGGUACCGGCUCCCGGGGUGGAGGACGAGUACAUCGAACAGACUCUGGUGACCGUGGCGGGGAAAAGCUCCGUGGGUCGGAUGAGACGGGGAGGCGGCGGCACUGGGGGCAAGAAAGCGGGCAAAAAGAGCUACUUAAGCGGCGCGGAGGCCGGCGGGAGAAAAUGGGAACAGAAGCAGGUGCAAAUAAAGACACUGGAGGGGGAGUUCUCUGUUACGAUGUGGGCAUCGGACAUCGACCACGAGUCGGUGGUGGAGGAGCAGAUCGUUGGGGAGAACUCUCCUCCGGACUACUCGGAGUACAUGACGGGGAAGAAGCUGCCCCCUGGUGGUAUCCCGGGGAUCGACCUCUCAGACCCCAAACAGCUGGCCGAGUUCGCCAGGAUGAAGCCCAGGAAAGUGAAAGAGGACGACGCUCCCCGGACGAUAGCCUGCCCUCAUAAAGGCUGCACAAAGAUGUUCAGGGAUAACUCGGCCAUGAGGAAGCAUCUCCACACCCACGGACCCCGCGUGCACGUCUGCGCCGAGUGCGGCAAGGCGUUCGUCGAGAGCUCCAAACUCAAACGUCACCAACUCGUUCACACGGGGGAGAAACCCUUCCAGUGCACCUUUGAAGGCUGCGGGAAACGGUUCUCUCUGGACUUCAACCUGCGCACACACGUGCGGAUCCACACUGGAGACCGACCCUACGUCUGCCCUUUCGACGGCUGCAAUAAGAAGUUCGCGCAGUCGACCAAUCUCAAGUCUCACAUUCUCACACAUGCCAAAGCCAAAAAUAACCAAUGAGAACCCAUCCACCAGCGUCAAGAAGACAAGAGAAAGAAAGGGAGAAAAAAAAAAAAAAAAAAAAAAAAAAAAAAGAAGCAUCCCAGCCGCACACCUGAAACCUCUUUUGAGGACCGGAAUGAAAAGCUCGAGACUUAUUGAUUUAUAUGGAAAAAUCUGACAGAUUUAAAAGACUAAAAAACACUGAAAUUCAGCUAGUUUUCCUGCGUCCCCUUUCUCCUGCGGUCACAUCGGAUGAGGAACUCAGUGACUAUUCCCCAAAGCCCCGGCCAGCACAGUCCCCCCCCUUCUCCAGUGGCACUCAGCUGCCAGAAGAUGGAACUCGUGGACAAACAUCAGAGACUUAUUUUUACCAGAGCGAGCGGAGAAGCAGCCGUCUAUUAGUAUUUUUAUUUUCUCACAUAGCUUUUAUUUUCCCACGAGCGUGCAUAUUGUACACUUGUCUCAGGCUAUGUUUAGUAAAAUUGUGAUUUAUUUUUUUCUUCCCUCGUGCAUAAUGAGAUCGUACCGCUGAUACUAAAAGGCUCCGGCCUUUUCUGACCCGUUUCCACAUGUAUGAGAAGUUUAAAAACAGCUGUAUGUUUGCAUCUCCAUACCCUCUUUGGUUGUAUUUUUCUCUAACCACAAAAUAACCGUGUAUACUUGUAUUGUAUGGCUGUAUUGAAAUUACGUAGACAUAGAUAGAGGUGUGAUUUAAAGUGUUAACCGAUUAAACUUUUAGUCAUGAGUUGCUUUCUAUUUUCUAUGAACUGUCUUUACACAGAUGAAUGAGUAAUGUGUUACGAGUUACUCAGAGCGAGUCUCGGUUACAAUAUCCGGAGCGUACAUUGAAUCGACUGCGAGACCAUCACGUUUUCUUUUUGUUGGAAUGUAAUGUACAGAUGUUAACCAUAAACUUCCUUCUGUUGAUAUUUACACACAUGUAUCUCAACUGCCCACAAUAAAAUGGCUCAUUCCAACCCUGUCGAAAUACA